AUGUUUCUCAACAGUUCUUUUUCGGCCCUCCUCUGCGGUGACAUUGCAGAAAUGUGUUUUUCGCGCUACCUGGCUCUGCUGUCGUUCUUCCACUUUACCGAAUUCCUUUUCACCGCGAUCGCAAAUCGACGCGCUCCUCAUUUCUGCUCACUGAUUCUGCCGUUUAUUGGCACGAUUGGAGUGUGCGGAUGUCUGCUUGGCGAGGCUAUUCGAAAGUUGGCCAUGGUCCAUGCUGGCGUCGCUUUCACGCCACGCCUGGCCACGUCGAAGCAGGCCGACCUUGUUACCGAUGGAAUCUACUCGUGGUUUCGGCAUCCAGGCUACGCCGGUUGGUUCAUCUGGUCCGUUUCUACUCAAAUCGUCCUGUGCAACCCCAUUUGUGCUGUGCUCUAUUUCAUCGCCUCCUAUCGCUUCUUCCGGCAUCGAGUGAUGGAGGAAGAGAGAGGUCUACUGCAAUUCUUUGGCCCCGCCUACGUCAAGUACCAAGCCAAGGUGCCAUCCGGAAUCCCCUUCGUCUACGCGAUGAGCACGCGAAACAUGGGCGUUUGGGAGCUCAUAAAACACACAGGGACGCUGGUCACGACGGACGCGAUGGUGAAGUGUGCGGUUCGAAGCUUUGCGUUCGCCUGCACGAGCUCAACAGCUAUCUUGUUUGGCUGCGCAUACUUCGGGAUUACCGGUUGGAUCCGGAUGGUGGCAAACGGCUCCAUGGUGUGCUACGAGAUCAAUAAGCGAUUCUGCAGACAACAGGAUUGGGACUGUUAUAUCAUUGGCAUGCAAGCUUUACACAUUGGAUUUGUAUUUAUGAAUAGCGCUUUUGUUGCCCUACUAUGUCCUGAACCGACAGUAUUCACCUUUGCCCGCUAUCUCGCGCUGCUGUCGUUCUUCCACUUCACCGAAUUCCUCUUCACCGGGAUCACAAAUCGACGUUCAUUGAAGGCUCUUCGAAAGGUGGCCAUGGUCCAUGCUGGCGUCGGGUUCACUCAUCGCCUUGCCAACUCAAAACAGGCUGACCAUCUGCUGGUCACCAAUGGAGUCUACUCAUGCUUCAGGCAUCCAGGCUACACCGGCUGGUUCCUCUGGUCCGUGUCGACUCAAAUCGUCCUGUGCAACCCCAUUUGUACUGUGCUCUAUUUCAUCGCCUCCUAUCUCUUCUUCCGGGACCGUUUGAUCGAGGAAGAGAAAGAUCUACUCCAAUUCUUCGGCCCUGCCUACGCCAAAUACCAAGCCGAGCUGAUCUAUGACAUCUUCAACUGGACGACAAACGAGAAGGCUCGGAUCACCGUUAUUGCCAUCGCCAACACGCUCGAUCUACCAGAGCGGCUGCUGUCUCAGCGUGUAUCUAGUCGAUUGGGCUCGAAUCGCCUGUGCUUCGACCCGUACGACUUCCGGCAAAUCGAGCAGAUCAUCAAUGGGCGUUUCAAGGACACCGGGGCCUUUGAUGACAAAGCCCUUCAACUCGCCAGUCGAAAGGUGGCCGCCCUCUCCGGUGAUCUACGCAAGGCGAUCGACAUUAUGCGGCAGGCUGGCGAGAUUGCCGUCCGGAAGAAGUCGGAGAAAAUUUUGAUAGAACAUGUCCAAGCGGCGAUCGCCGAGUCACAGGCCACGAUCCGGAUGGCCUACAUCGCUAGCCUGUCGGAACACGAAUUGAUUUUAUUCAAGGCUCUCGUCGCCGAGGUACAAGCGAAGGGUGUUGAGGAAAUCCGCUUUGCCGAGUUGUACAAGCAGUACCAGAUCCAAGCUCACGACACCUACGCGGUGAUGGGCGAAAUGAUGGUCCGGGAGCGGGUGUCGAAAUUGGCUAGCAUGCGCCUCCUCGUGCUCGCCCCGGUCACCAACAACCCGGCCUCUCGAAAUUGGUUCCUGAAGAAAAUCCGACUGGCCAUCUCGCUUCAGGAGUGCAACUUCAUCCUCAACAGCAUCGAAGAAAAGGAAAAUCGA